AUGUCGUUCGGGCAGUGGGUGAUCGGGCCACCAGGGUCGGGCAAGACGACCUACUGCAACGGCAUGUCCCAAUUCCUCACCGCCAUGGGCAGGAAGGUGUGCAUCAUCAAUCUCGACCCUGCCAACGACGCACUCCCAUAUGAGUGUGCCAUCGACAUGAGGGAGCUGGUGUCCCUUUCCGAUGUCAUGGAGCGGCUCGCACUCGGACCCAACGGAGGGCUGAUCUACUGCAUGGAGUACCUGGAACAGAACAUGGAUUGGCUACACGAGAAGCUACAGCAGUUCAAAGAGCACUAUCUGCUGUUUGACACGCCGGGCCAGGCCGAACUCUACACCAACCACACGAGCAUGCGACGCAUCGUCGACCACAUCCAGCGAUGGGGUGUCCGGCUGUGCGGGCUGCACUUGAUCGACUCGUACUACUGCAGCGUGCCGUCGACCUACAUCUCGGCCGUGCUGCUCUCCCUCUCGACCAUGCUCCAUCUCGAGCUGCCUCACAUCAACGUCCUCUCCAAGAUCGACCUCGUCGAGAAAUACGGCAAGCUUGCGUUCGAUUUGGAGUUCUUUGCGGAUGUGGGCGACCUGGACUACCUGCUGGACCGACUCGACGCCGACCCGUUCGGCAAGAAGUUCGGCAACCUCAACAAGGCCCUCUGCUCACUCAUCGACGACUACUCCCUCGUCUCCUUCACCACCCUCAACAUCCAGGACAAGGAGAGCGUGUACAAUCUGGUGAAGAUGAUUGACAAGACGAAUGGCUACGUGUACGGGUCGUUCAUCCCGGGCAACGAUUCGAUCAUGACCCUCAUGGAGAGCAGCGCCACCACCUGGCAGUUUGACAAGUUCGCCGCCGUACAGGAACGAUACAUCGCCAACGACGACGACGACGACGACGAUGAAGCCGAUCAUGAUGAUAAUGAUGACAUCGAAAGGGAAGAGGGAGACGUCGACGUGGUAGCCGCGUCGUCGCAACGAAGCCAACAAGAAGAGGAAGAGGCCCCGCCACCAGCAACGACUUCGAAGGGGAAGGAGAAGAGUUGA